AUGCCUCGCCUGCGGUUGCCCAAGGAAGGCUGCCAAUCGCCGGACGAGCUGCCGACGAAUCGUUGCAGCGGCGGUCUGCCGUCGACACAGCGGCUGGUGCGUCGCGUCCUGCGUCACGAGUUUCGCCAUAUGGAGAAGGUGCUCGACGGCCUCGGCACCGCCGGCAACAAGAUUCGCGUCGAGGAGACGGCCGGCAAUCUCAGCUGCAUGGAAUUGCUGGUCUACGAGGGCGAGCUGGGCCCGGAUCGUGAUCUGGUGCUCGGCCCCGCCAAGGCGUCCGCCUACUCGCCCACCACGCGGUGCACCCUCAAUUCUAGGACGCCGGCCUCGUCGAUCUCGACGCCGCCGACGCGCAGCCUGAUGCCUUCCCCUCUCGGCGGGAAGGCGAAGAAGAAGAAGAAGAAGGGCGGCUCAACGCGUUCCUCGAAUUCGACCUCGACCAAGUCGUCAAAGUCGACGCCCACGCCGCGCUCGUUGAUGUCCACCCCGCCGUCGUCGCAGAUGUCGCUGAUGUCGGCCACGCAGAAGAUGUCGCUGGCGGAGGAGACGAACAACAACAACAACAUGGACAGCAGCAGCAGCAGCACGGCGUCGACCACGAGCAGCAACAACACCACCACCAACAACAACAACAAGCCCAAGUCGAAGCGCGCCACUGCGAAAAGCCCGAAAAGCCCGAAAAGCCCGAAGAAGGGCAAGAAAGCCGCGGCCCCCGUCGACGUCGAGGCGACGCAAGAAGAUGGCGGCGCCGAGGAGAAGGAGAAGGAAAAGGAGAAGAGCCUGAAGUCAGAGACAUCGAUCCCGGUGGUGCCCGACGACCCGGAGAAGGAAUACGUGCCCCCGUUGCCCCCCGUCGAGACGAUCCCCCAGAAGCCGCCCGGCUCGUCGCACGAGGUCCGCCAUUCGAUCGAGCGGAAGAAGCACAAGCGUGGCGUGCGGGUGAACAUUGAUGUGAGCCGCCGUUGGUUCGCCAACCCCGACGACAAGGCGUUCAAGGGACUCCACAUGGUCAUCGACUGCCCCAAUUAUGAGCCGACGCGCAUCCAGGUGAACGGCGUGUGGAAGAAGGUGGUCGACGAG